AUGAAUUCAAACGAUUCUAAUGUGCAUGAUGAUUGUUCUCUUCGUCACACAAUUUUAGAAAAAAUUAAUGCUAAUAAUGAAGAUAACAAUAUUAAUAAGGCUCCUGAUAUAAAUGAUUUUACAAUAGUUAAACCUAUCAGUCGCGUAUACUUGGUUAUGGAGUACAUGGUUGGUGGUGAUUUGAAGUCACUCUUGGGGGUGUAUGGGUUUUUGGAAGAAUCAAUGGCCGUUUUCUAUGCUGCAGAAGUAACUCUUGCAUUGGAUUAUCUGCACAAACACAAUAUUGUGCACAGAGAUGUAAAACCUGAUAACAUGUUAAUAUCCAAGUCAGGACAUGUCAAGCUCACAGACUUUGGUUUGUCCAAAAUUGAAAUACACAGGGAUUUGGAAAUUUCUGAUUUCGUCAGUCAUACGCCUAGUUUAAAUAUGAGAACUCCUGGCCAACUGCUGUCAUUAACAUCACACCUGUCAUUUGGUUCUGGUGGAGGAGACAGCCUGCAUAAUUCUGUUGCUGAUACUUGUGAGAACCUUCUUGAUCAACUCAAGGAGACUACUAAAUUAAGAGGUAUGAUUGAUGGUGUUAAUAGAUUACAUGACUCUCCAAUGGUAGAUCAUUCACAACUGUCAGGCAUCCAUCCAUUCUUAAGUGCUGAUAGUAUCAACUUGGAUGAAAUUACUUGCCAAGAUUCAGGGUCAGAAUCAAUAAGCUCCUACCAUACUUGUGAGAGUUCUAAGAAUAGCACUAACUCAAAGAGCAACAAAUCAACAGAUGUCAGCAGCAAUAAUGGCUCUUCUAAUGAAUCUACAGUGCUGACCGAUACGCAGCAUGAUGAGUCUACAUCUCCACUUUGUAGAGGCCAAUCUUUAAAGAGAAUUCCUAGUUUUCGUGCAAAGAAAAGAAAAAGAAUAUUAGAUUGCGAAGGCGACACACCAACUGGCGUUACGAGUUUGUUGGAUUGUAAAGAAAAUCACAGUGGUCUUACCCAAGAAAUAAUGGCACUGGAGCUAAGUCAAAACACGCCCAAACGGAUUUCAAUACACCCGACGCCUGAACGACGAAAGAAUCCUAUAAAAGGUGUUCUAAAGAAAAGAUGGGCCUCUCAAGACGACAGUCAUCAUUUUAAUGUUGGUGUAAUAUUCUCAACUCCAGUGUCUAAUAGUAAAUCGCCAGGCAGCAAAAAACGACAGAAAGCAACUAGGUUCAAUAUUCCUAUUGAUGAACCACUGUCUGGAACGAAGGAAAAAUCAUUUACCUUCAGCAAACAUGUGUCUACAAGCUUAGAGAUUUUUUCUACAAGAAGAUUAAGCAAGGGUGAAGUCAACAAUAAGUCUCCAACUGAUCAGUGCAAAACACCAUUAGCAACUGCUCAUACUCCAUAUAGAACACCUAAAAGUGUGCGACGAGGCAAUCAAAUAUCAGAUCAAAGAAUCUUGGGAACUCCAGACUAUCUAGCACCAGAACUACUUCUAAAGAAAGGCCAUGGACCACCUGUAGAUUGGUGGGCAUUGGGAGUUUGCCUCUACGAAUUUAUGACAGGAGUACCUCCAUUUAAUGAUGAAACCCCUCAAGCAGUUUUUAAGAACAUAUUGUCCAGAAAUAUAGAAUGGCCAGAGGCGGAUGAAGCAUUGUCUCCUGAUGCUGUUAGUGCAAUAGAAGCUCUUCUCACGAUGGAACCUGCAGAGCGUCCAGCGACGAAACAAGUACGUGUGAUGCCGUUGUUCCAGCACGUAGACUGGGAAAAUCAGCUAAAUACACAGCCGCCCUUCGUCCCAACUCCGGAUGAUUUGCAUGAUACUGGAUACUUCCAAGCGCGAAAUAUUUUACAGCAUUUACAUGUAUCUAACUUCGACAUG